UUUUUGCCCACUUAGAGCUCUGGUGGAGGAGCACUUGCCGAUAGCAGAUCAUGGAUCGAGAAUUUUUUCCGAUGAUAUGUUUAUUCCAAGAAGUAUUACUAUGCCUUUACGGUCGGGAUACCUGCGUUCGUGGCGUCAUCAGCCAAUUCGUCGAAGCGGAAAAUCACACAUAAAAAAGUGGAAAGGAGGAUUCGAGGUAAAUCUUGAUGUUCAGCAUUUCAAACCUGAUGAAGUAUCAGUGAAGAUUAGAGAUGAUUUUAUUGUAAUUGAGGGUAAUCAUGAGGAACGUCAAGACCAACAUGGUUUCAUAUCAAGACAGUUUACCCGUCGUUAUAAAUUGCCUGAAAAUACUGACAUAGAUGCUGUAACAUCAAAGUUAUCAUCAGAUGGUGUUCUCACCAUUAAAGCACCCAAAAAGGCACCCUUAAGAGACUUAACUGAGCGUGUAGUGCCUAUUGUCCAGACAAAUAAACCAGCCAUUGCAAAAGCAGGACAUGAGAAUCAAGAUGAUAGGCAGGAGAAAAUGGAAGCAUAAAUAAUGAACUUUAUGUGAAGUAUUACUCCAUUUGAAAGAUUCCAUUCUCUGGAAUAAAAAGACUGACUGUGCAUUCCAUUAUUUACCUUUUUUAUGUAUUUAUUCUACUGUAACUGUAAGACUGGCUUCACCAGAUUUGAGUAAUGUACUUUUCUAAGAACAUUUUAUGAAUA